AAUAUUCAAUGUUACUGGUCACGCGCAGGUAGUGACGAGUCUACGACGUUUGGUGCGCACAGCCUUGUAGCCCACUGCUUGGUGGCCUCGUUGGAAACAUUGUUAUCCAAAUAUUUCUCUUCGCCGUUGACCGCAGUGCACUACAACGUCGAGCACGACCUAAUCGAUCAUACAUUGUCGUGUCUUUAACUGAUGGUCCACCGUCCUCCGGACUCUCGUCUCCUGUCCAACCUCAUAGCACACGAAAAGGAGUAUACGAAACAUUUAUCCGCUCUUUUCCCUAUAUCACAUGCUGCUCUCGCAUCCCUUUCUGCAUUCGCGGCUGCCUCACCUUCAGCCAUACCUAGUAGUUCUUCUAUCUCUUUAGCGCAAACUAUUGCCACCAUUGUUGAUAUCCUCUCCGGCGCGGACGAUGCUCUUCAGCUUUACAAUAAGGCGGUCGAGAACUGGCGCGAUCAACUUGCCCACUUGAUAAAGCUCGAGGAAGACAUAGCAGCCAUUCUCCGUGACAGGGAAAUUCUCGUAACCCGGCUGAUCAAAGUUUCCAAAUCCUCCAAGACCACACGGGAUCCUCGCUUAUCACUGAUUUUACCAUCUGGUUCUACCUCGUUCACAUCACUCCCUUCUACCAAUUCUACGUUACAUGGCUCUUCGAAUACCAAAGUUCUGCAAACUCAAGAGGAGCUGCGCGCAUGUGAGGCUCAUCUGGCUACUAAAGAGCUGGAGUUAGAGGCACUUCGGGUCAGCAUAGCCAGAGAAGGUCUCGGUGCUCGCUGUCGGGCUCUUGUUGAUUGUGGGUGGGUUUGGGGUGAAAUGGGGAAGGAAGGUCUUCGGGCGUUACAGACUCUCAAUGCUUCAAGUUCUGAUACUCAGGUUCCAGAACCAUCCUUGGCGUCAUUUCCAUCGCAUUCGCCCUUCACGUCCACCACUCCCAAACAAAAGCCUAUACCUUCUGCGCUACCUGCUCGUCUUACACAGGGCCCCAUAUCCUACUCCUCUGACAUUUCCUCCCUCACACCUUCUCAAAGUGCUUCGCAACAACACGAUGGGCCCUCUCAUGGAACUAGCCAAGAAGGCGCGGUUCCUGAUCAUCCAAGCUCCAAUGGUCAUGAAGAUGUAACAAUCAAUAUUCCUCCUGCGCAUUCCAUAUCCGAACUUACCAUGCCCACUGGUAUCUUGAGAUCCAUCCCCUCCUACGUAGCAGUAGCACACAGCGAAUCCGCCGUCCAUUAUCCAGACGCAUAAGCGAGAUAGAUGAAAAUGAGGGGCCUGCUGUCAUAGCAAACUCCGACUUCACAUUCCCUGACAGUGCUCGCGGUGCAGACGAUAGCAGUGAAGAGGAGGAGACUCAAGGCCCCUU